AUGCAGAGUCGUGAUGGCGCUCUUAAAGCACCUUCUGCACUGACAGUAAGCUCGCCAUGGACACGUUCACUCCUCGCAGGUGCCCUGGCUGGAUUGACUGUCGAUGUCUCGCUCUAUCCACUCGACACCAUCAAGACUCGACUACAGUCGAAUUUGUCUCGACAUGCCUCCUCCCUUAAGACGAGACACACCUUUUCAGCUAUCAUCGGGAGCAUGCCCAGUGCCGCAUCCUUCUUUGUCGUCUACGAUGGAGUCAAACGACAAAUGAUCGUUCCAGGACAGACGUCUGUGGCGAUGCAAUCAUAUGUGCAUAUGCUUGCCUCCUCACUUGGCGAAAUCGCAGCCUGUGCCAUCAGAGUACCAACGGAAGUCGUCAAGCAACGCGCACAGGCUGGUUUGUUCGGUGGAAAAUCAAGUCUGGCUUUUCUCGAUAUCUUGUCUGUUCGACAUACAGCUGGCUAUGGUACAAUGGUCAAAGAGUUAUAUAGAGGAGGUGGCAUCACUAUUAUGAGAGAGAUUCCGUUCACAAUACUACAAUUCACUUUGUGGGAGCAGGCAAAGAGCACAUGGUCUACACGCCAGGCACGACUCUCCAAUCGAGAACACGGCUUGGUUACAGCUGGAGAAAGCGCGAUAUUUGGGAGCCUGUCGGGAGGUAUCGCUGCAGGGCUGACCACGCCAUUGGACGUCCUGAAGACGAGAGUCAUGCUCGAGCGGCGUGAAACUGGUGACACAAUGACGAGAAAAGGUACCACAAGAAUCUUCAAACAAGUCUUACAAGAGGAGGGUUGGCGAGGCUUCUUUCGAGGCUUUGUGCCAAGAGUUGGUUGGAUAAGCACAGGCGGAGCAAUCUUCUUGGGCACUUAUCAAUGGGCGGUCAACACAAUGGAAGAGACUGGAGCAGGACAGAACGAUGUCACGCAACAGCCUUUGUGA